AUGUGCAACGUUUCCAAAGCAUCAUCUGGAAAUCAUGAUCGGUCCUUCCGUGAUCCUUGUCCGCAACCCGACGAGACGACUGUUCUGCUGCCGAACCCUCCCACCGCAUGCCCAUCCCACGAGCAGGACGAACGGUACGUCCCGACCUUCCUCGGCGAGGUCUUUCGAUUGGCAAAAGACUCCAUCCCCGUGAUCCUUGCCUACGCGCUCCAAAACAGUCUGCAGGCGACAUCUAUCCUGAUCGUGGGACGCACGUCACCCGAGAAUCUCGCCACGGCGGCUUUCUCGUUCAUGUUCGCCGCAGUCACCGGGUGGAUGAUCGCUCUCGGGGGCACGACAGCGUUGGAUACGCUGGCGUCGUCGACGUUCACCGCUAGCUCGAACAAACAUGAUCUGGGGGUUCUGUUGCAGCGCGGGUUUCUCGUUCUCGGCCUGUUCUACCUCCCGGUUGCGGGGCUGUGGGCUUGUUCGGAGCCCGUCUUUCUUCUAUUGGGGCAGCAGCCCCGGUUGUCGUCGGAUAGUGCCCGGUUCUUGACUUGCUUGAUCCCGGGUGGGCUCGGGUAUAUAUACUUUGAGUUGAUGAAGAAGUAUCUUCAGGCGCAAGUAGGCCUGAUGCGUCCGGGAACCUAUGUAUUGUUGAUCACGGUUCCGUUCAAUCUCUUCCUAAACUUCGUCUGCUCCUAUACGCUUCGUCUGGGGUUGUUGGGUGCCCCGAUCGCCACAGGCAUCUCGUACUGGGUGUCUUUUGGGCUGCUGGUUCUGCACACACGCUUCGUUGCUGGGUCUGAAUGCUGGGGUGGCUGGUCGUGCGAAGCACUCCGGAACCUGGGGACCUUUGCGCGCCUGGCCCUCCUGGGGGUCGUGCAGGUUGGCACGGAGUGGUGGGCUUUCGAAAUCGUGGCCUUGGCCGCCGGUCGACUCGGGACCAUCCCCUUGGCCGCGCAAAGUGUCAUCAUGACAGCGGAUCAGGUACUCAACACGAUCCCCUUUGGGGUAGGUGUGGCCGCAUCCUCGAGGAUCGGGAAUCUGUUGGGCUCGCGAGAUGCCGCGGGAGCGUCCCGGGCAGCGAAUGCCGCCGCUUGUUUGAGCAUGGUGCUCGGAGGGAUUGUGCUGGUUGUGCUGAUGGGCAUCCGUCACGAUUUCGCAAAGAUAGCUAACUCUGAUGCAAGGGUCGUGGAGCUUACGGCCGAAGUCCUGCCGUGGGUGGCGCUGUUUCAGAUCGCUGAUGGUCUGAAUGGGAGCUGUGGUGGGAGCCUUCGGGGCAUGGGACGACAGCAUGUGGGCGCGUUGGUCAAUCUGGUCAGUUACUACGGUGGUGCUCUACCGUUGGGGAUCUGGCUGGCCUUUCAUGGCUGGGGGGUCAAGGGUCUCUGGAUUGGGCAAUGCAUUGCGCUGUAUCUGGUUGGCGCUCUGGAAUGGACGGUUGUGGCUCUGAGUGACUGGGACAGGGAGGUCGAUAAGGCAUUUCUGCGAAUUGAUGCUGACAAACAGGAAGACCGGCGAGGAGCUGUUGAGGGUAUUGCUGUUGGUGUGUGA